GCGGUGAAGAAGGGUGGGUAUUGCAUGAUUCGGGGAAUGCCCUGCAAGUUAGAGAUAUGCGAGGUGCUGCCGAAGGCCACGGCGAAUGGGAAUAAGCGACUUCACAUACGCGGCCCAAACGUGUUCACCGGGAAGCCCUACGAGGAUACGCUGAAUCUUACAGCCGGGUUCCACGGCAUAGACGUCCCGGUCACGAUCAAGGCGCAGUAUUCCCUCAUGGACGUCGAUUCGGACACGGGAUUUCUCAGUCUGCUCACCGAUUCGGGCGAUUGCAAGGAGGAUGUGGGGUUGGUGAAGAACGAGGACGGGAGCUUCGACGAGCUGGGUCAAGAGGUUAUCAGCAAGUUUGAGGCUGGCGAGGCACUCAAGCUCACGGUGUUGUCCAUCUUGGGGAAGGACGUAGUCAUAG